CAGCUCCAUGAUGGGGAGAAGCCCCACAUGUGUGUGGAGUGUGGGAAGAGCUUCAGGAGGAACUGCGACCUGAUUGUGCACCAGACGAUCCACUCUGGGGAGAGGCCGUACAAGUGCUCCGAGUGUGGGAUGUGCUUCACCCGGAGGUCCAGACUGAUCCAGCACCAGAGGACCCACACUGGGGAGAGGCCCCAUGAGUGUUCCAAGUGUGGGAAGAGGUUUAAGACCAGCGCCCAUCUGCUCCAGCACUAUCGGAUUCACAGAGAGGAGAGGCCCUUCCAAUGCCCCGAAUGCGGGAAGGGAUUCACGCGCAACUCCCACCUCAUCACCCACCGGCGCAUCCACACCGGGGUGAGGCCCUACGAGUGUGAUAAAUGCAGGAAGGGGUUUAAGACCAGCUCCCAUCUCCUCCUGCACUAUCGGAUUCACAGAGAGGAGAGGCCCUUCCAAUGCCCCGACUGCAGGAAGGGAUUCAAGCACAACUGCAACCUCAUCACCCACCGGCGCAUCCACACUGGGGAGUGGCCCUACGAGUGUCCCCACUGUGGGAAGAGCUUCUCACAGAGUUCUCUCUUGACCCAACACCAACGGAGGCACCGGUAAGGGAAGCCCUGCGAGUGCCCCGAGUCCGGGCAGAGCUUCAAGAUGUGGCAGUUCCUGCAUUCACACCAGAAGCCCCAUGGCAGAGAGAAGCCCCACAAGUGCUUGGAAUGUGGGAAGGGUUUUAGUCGGAGCUUGCACCUGAUCGAGCACAAGGUGAUCCACACUGGGGAACGGCCCUAUGAAUGUGAGGAAUGUGGGAAGCAUUUCAGCUGGAGCUCCAGCCUGACGCGGCACCAGAGGAUCCACACUGGGGAGAGGCGCUUUGAGUGUGAGGAGUGUGGGAAGAGCUUCAGCCAGAGGGGGAGCCUGAUGCAACACCAGAUGAUCCACACUGGAGACCGCCCUUACGAGUGUGGGGAAUGUGGGAUGAGCUUCAGCCAGAAGGGCCACCUGAUGCAACACCAGAGGAUCCACACAGGAGGAAAGCCCUAUGAGUGUGUGGAAUGUGGGAAGAGCUUCAGCCAGAGCUCUGGCCUGAGGAGACAUGAGAGGAUCCACACUGGGGAAAAGCCCUUUGAGUGUGGGGAGUGUGGGAAGAGCUUCAGCAUCAAGUGCAAGCUGACGGAACACCAGAAGAUCCACACUGGGGAAAAGCCCUACAAGUGUGGGGAAUGUGGGAGGAGCUUCAGAGAAAGCUGGGCCCUGAUUCGGCACCAGAUGAUCCACUCAGGGGAACGGCCCUACACCUGCUUGGAAUGUGGGAAGAGCUAUGGGUGGCACACUGACCUGAGAAAACACCACCAGCGUGUUCACUCUGGGGAGAAGCCCUACAAGUGUCCCCAGUGUGGGAAGAGGUUUCACAGGAGCUCCGAUCUCCUCAAACAUGAGCGGAGUCACAGCUAGGAGGGGCCCUUCCGCUGCCCUGACUGUGGGAAGGGAUUCAAGCUAAACUCCCACCUCACCCUGCACCGGCGCAUCCACACGGGGGAGAGGCCCUACGAGUGUUGGGAGUGUGGGAUGAGAUUCUCAUCGAGCUCAAUCUUGACCAAACAUCAACGGAGGCGCCACUAAGGGAAGCCCUGUGAGUGCCCUGAGUGUGGGAAGAGCUUUGUGUGCUGCUCCAGCUCCAU